AUGGAGGAACAAACGGUGAAAGAUCUGAAAGCCCUCACCGUGAGAGAUCUAAAAGCCCUUGCCAAGGAGCGGGGUAUCCCCAGGGCGGUCAACUCAAUCAAGAGGGAGUUAAACGAGUUUGCGGACUGGAUACAAUCUUAUGUCCCUGAGCCCGUCAAAAAGACUGUAGAUAAACGAGUCAAACGUCUGAAGGAAAAGAUUAAGCGUAUAUCCGAGGGGACAGAAGGUCGCUUCACACCCAAAGAACAACGGACAGCAUUGAAGGGGUAUCUUAAGACCCACGGAAUAGCUGGGCAGGAAGGGUACGACCCAAAGACAUUCAUCGCUAAUAUCAAACCAAAAGUCCUAGAGCUCAUCAACCGACAAAAGAAGCCUAUCAAAGUAAAGUUCAUCUUUACCUGUAGGUUUAUCAAAGAGGACCCAGCCACCGCCCAGAUCGACGAAGAACUGGGAUAUUUUCAUACAGAAAAGCCCGAAACUGUAACAGAGUCGACCUAUUUCUCCAACUUGUUCGAUACGACGACAAAUUAUUUACUCGGAUUAGUUGAGCAAUUCCGAAAGCAAAGCUCCGGGUGGCAAUUCGACCAGGUGGAAUACUUCGACAUCAACAUCGAUCCCUUUGAACCGCUUUCUGGGUCUUCCUAUAUUCCGCUGCCGCCGAAACUAGCGUCCAAGAAGGCGAUCAUCAAUGUUAAGAACGAGAAUGAUCACGAAUGUUUCAAGUGGGCAGUAACCUCUGCUGUGUAUCCUAGGGAGAAAGAUCCUCAAAGGCUCAGUAAACAAAUGAUAGAGAACUCUGAGAAAUUCGACUGGUCAGGGAUAGAGUUCCCCGUCUCACUAAAACAGAUUGACAAGUUUGAGAAACAGAACCAGUAUACGGUUAAUGUGUAUGGAUACGAAACCAAAGUAUAUCCAUUGAGAAUCAGCGAGAAGGAUCCAGAUAAUGCAAUCAACUUACUUCUCAUCUCGGAUGAUGAGACGAAUCAUUACUGCUGGAUAAAGAAUAUGAUGAGAUGUCUGAACUCGUUUCGGUGCAAACAAUCGUUAGAAAAACAUUCUGAAUGCUGCGGUAAUCAUGAAGCGGUUGGAAUAGAGAUGCCUAAGAUAGAUAAGGAUGGAAACCUACCCCACAUUAAAUUCAAAAACUACAACAGAAAAAUGCGUGUCCCCUUUGUUGUCUAUGCCGACUUUGAGAGCUUCACAGAGAAUAUAGACACAUGCUCCCCAGAUGGGAGUAAAAGCUUCACUAAGCAAUACCAGAAGCACAAACCGUCUGGUUUCUGCUAUCUCAUCAAGUGUUUCGACGGAGAUAUAUCCCCAUCCGAGCUUGUACGAUACACAGCUGAAUCUCCAGACGAAGAUAUCCCACAGCUUUUCGUAGAGUCUUUGGAGUCAGACAUUGAGAAAAUUUACGAUAAGUUCAGGUUCCCUAAGAAGAUUGUAGUCGACAGUUUCACGAACAAGAGGGGUAACAAGAUCGAUGUUAAACGUGAUAUCAGAUUUAUCGACAGUUUCAGGUUUAUGUCGGCCAGUCUCGACAGUCUAGUGGGUAAUAUGUCAAGGGAGUGCUUCAAAAACCUGGCGGAGUACUAUGAGGGGGAGGAGCUCCAGCUGUUGUUGAGGAAGGGUGUUUUCCCUUACGACUGGUUCGACGGCUUUAGCAAGCUCGACGCAACACAGCUCCCACAGAGAGAGGCAUUCCACUCCAAACUCAACGGCACCGACAUAUCGGAGGAGGAUCACCUGCACGCGCGGAGAGUGUGGGAGGUCUUUGGGAUGGGGACCAUGAGGGAUUACCACAAUCUGUAUCUAGAGUCGGAUGUGUUGCUUUUAGCUGACGUUUUCGAGAACUUUAGAGACGUUUGUCUCAAGAAUUACGGUCUGGACCCCGCUUGGUACUACACAGCGCCAGGGCUGGCUUGGGAUGCAGCGUUGAAGACCACCAAGGUGAGGCUAGAGCUUCUAACGGACUAUGACAUGUUGCUCAUGAUUGAGAAGGGCAUCCGUGGGGGUGUCUCCAUGAUAAGCAACAGACAUGGGGAGGCAAAUAACCCUUACAUGAAGGAGUGGAUGGGUGACCAAGAGCUGUCAGGUUGGAGAGACCGCCCAUGCAUUCUGGAGGUUGACUUGGAGUACCCUCACCACCUACAUGACUUACACAAUGACUACCCACUAGCCCCGGAAUCUAUCGGGCUAGGCAAGGUGGACAAGUUGGUCCCCAACCUCAACGACAAGACAAAGUACGUUAUCCACCAUGAGACUCUGAGACUUUAUGUGAGUUUUGGGCUAAAAGUCACCAAGAUUCACAGGGGUGUCACUUUUGAGGAGUCUGCGUGGCUGGAGCCCUACAUUGACUUGAACACCGAUCUGAGAGCCAAGGCGACUAAUGAUUUUGAGAAGGACUUCUUCAAGCUGAUGAACAACUCCGUCUUUGGUAAGACUAUGGAGAACAUUAGGAACAGGGUGGACAUUCGCUUGGUGACGGACGAGAAGCAGGCCAAGAAGCUCAUAUCAAAGCCGAACUAUCAACAUCGCACCAUCUUUUGCGAGAAUCUAGUCGCCAUUUACAUGAAGAAGACAAAGUUAACCUUCAACAAACCCGUUUACUUGGGUAUGUCCAUCCUGGAUAUAAGCAAGACGCUCAUGUAUGAUUUCCACUACAACUUCGUCAAGUCCAAGUACGGUGAGGAUGCAAAGCUCUUAUUCACUGAUACUGACAGCCUGAUGUAUGAGAUCGAGACGAAAGACUUUUACAAGGACAUCAGCGGGGAUGUGAGGUCCAUGUUCGACACCAGCAACUUUCCGAAGGGUCACCCAUCCGGUAUUGAGGUUGGUGUGAACAAGAAAGUCAUCGGAAUGUUUAAAGAUGAGGCUGGGGGUCAGCAAAUUACAGAAUUUGUAGGACUGAGAGCCAAACUUUACUCAUACAAGAUGGAUAAAGGUAAAGAAUUAAAGAAAUGCAAGGGCGUCAAGAGAGCAGUCGUCAAGAAGAGCAUCGGUUUCGAUAACUACAAGGAUUGCCUAUUUGAUAAGAAACCUCAGAUGAGACUUAUGAAUGUCAUCAGAAGUCAUAAGCAUGAUGUUUACACUGAAACGGUGAACAAGGUCGCUCUAUCUCAUGAGGAUGACAAGCGAAUCAUCUGUGACGAUGGCAUCCACACCUUCGCUCACGGUCAUUUCAAAACUGCGGCUGGUGGUAGCUCAGUAUCUUCAGGAACGACUUGA